CAGCCCAAAGAAUUCUCCACCAAAUUGUCACAAAUACCCACUGUAAAGCAUAAAAGUUAAACGCCUUACCACAAAUGCAAGAUGAUAAAUAAACGGGAGAAGAUUUAGUAACAGAACUUGUGCUUUUUUCUUUCUUUCUUUCUUUCGUCAGAUAAAAAGCAGAACAAGGAGAGAAUAAUGCCACAGGAAGAGGAUGAAUCCUUGAUCAUCUACCUCAAGAAAGAACUCGAAGCAUCUCUGAUAAGGAAUGAUUCACUGGAGAAAGAAAAUCAGGAAUUAAGACAAGAAGUAAACCGUCUGAAAGCACAGAUAAGUUCCCUCAAAGCACAUGAUAAUGAGAGGAAAUCUAUGCUUUGGAAGAAGUUACAGAACUCCAAUGACAACUCUAAAAAUGACGCAAUUCAACAGAAGACAUCAGAUUUUGUCAAAGUCUCAGAACAGAGCGCAGAACAUUCAUGUCAACGGCCAAUUACGCAAGAAUCAGCAGCCAGAAAGGAAAGGCAAUUACCGAGCCCACCACCAAAGCUACCGUCGCCAAUGUCUCCCCCUCUGAAAGAAGUUCAUCAGAAUAAAUUGCCACCUAAGUCUGCACCGCCACCGCCACCGCCACCAUCAAAGACGUUUAUUGGGUCGAAAUCAGUGCGCCGCGUGCUGGAAGUUGUGGAGUUCUAUCGUUUCCUUACAAAGAAAAAUGCCAACCUGGAGAACAAAGGCAAUUCUGUAACUACUCCAGUAACGGCAUUCACACUGAACAUGAUUGGAGAAAUCGAGAACCGAUCCUCUCACCUUUCUGCUAUAAAAUCAGAUGUGGAAAAACGCAGAGAAUUCAUUAAUUACUUGAUCAAGGAAGUGGAGACUGCCACCUUUAAGGAUAUAUCGCAAGUGGAAAAAUUUGUGAAAUGGCUGGAUGUUGAACUGAAUUCCCUUGUUGAUGAAAGAGCAGUACUGAAGCAUUUCCCAGAGUGGCCGGAACGAAAAGCAGAUGCUCUACGAGAAGCUGCUUUCAACUAUCGGGACCUGAGAAACCUUGAUUCAGAGGUUUUGUCAUUUGAAGACAAUCCAAAAGAGCCCUUGACAAAAGCUGUCGGAAAGAUGCAAGCACUGCAAGACAGGUUGGAGAAUAGUGUUAACAAUGCAGAAAGGACAAGGGAAAGUACGAUCAAGAGGUACAGGGAUUUCCAGAUUCCCUGGGAAUGGUUGCUGGACGCAGGGUUGAUCGGUCAGAUGAAAUUAAGUUCUUUGAGGAUAGCCAAGCAAUACAUUAAAAGGAUAACUAAAGAACUACAGAUCAACGAUUGCUUAUUUGAAGAGAAUCUCCUGCUUCAAGGAGCAAGAUUUGCUUAUCGGGUACACCAGUUUGCAGGUGGUUUUGACACAGAUACCAUAAAUGCCUUUCAAGAACUGAAGAAGGUUGGCACGAGUAGUCACAGACAAUAGUGUGUUCUUCAAUUUACUUAGACAUGUCUAAGAAAAUAUAUUGAAUAUUAUACUAGAAAGCUUAAAGAAGAAAACAGUAUAAAAUGCAUGCGCUAUAGAGAGGGAGAUUUCAUAAGUUAUGGAGUUGUAUAAAAGACAAGUAAUGGGGUUAAUAGCUGGUUGGUACUCAGAACUUUGCACUUUAAUUCAAAUUAAAUACUAAACUUCAUUUUGUAUC